AUGUUGAAGAAGAAGUGCCCUGCAGUGUUGCAGGCCGAGCGUGUGAAGGGGAAAACUUGUUUGGACCUCAUGACCAUGGUCAUGAAUGACGUCCAGGCUAAGUGUGGCGAUAGCAAACUGUCGGACAUGGACGCGCCAAACAUGGAGGGUUUACCGGAGGCCCAGCGGCUCUUCGGCUUGCUUUGGGACGACGUGAAGGAAGUUCGUACCACCACGUAUGGGAUCUCCGAGACGCACCCCGCGGUGAACUUUGUGGAGGAUCUGUUGAAGGUGGUCAUCGAGAAGGAUUUCACCCGAGCCAUGGAAGAAACCGAAGAGGCGCUGUCCGCUCAGCGUGCCGGAAAGUGGGCAGAUGGGUCGAACGAGACGUCGCACCGAGAAGCCCUGGAUGGGCGUCGGCUUCAAGAGAUCUUGGACUUUUGCGGCAAAGUGUCCAAGAUGCUUCCACAUCUCCACUUGGAUGUGCAGGCGUUUCAGCUGAGGUGCCAAGAUCUUCAGAAGAGGCUCGCCAAGAGUUUCGCAAAGACGCAGUUCAAGAAAAAUUUGUGGAAAUUGCUGGAGUUCAUGGUGCCUAUCAUGCCUUCGCUGGUGCUGUCCAUUGCAACCAGCAUGGUGGCGGAUAGCUUAGCUGUGAUUUAUCACCAGGUCCGGCGCUGGGCGGCCGUGGGCGAAGCCGCUGCGGCGGGGGAAAGGUCUCAGGUGCUGUGGCUCUUGGUGGAUUUGGUCCUGGGACACUUGGCCAUCGAGUUCUUCCGGAUGAUUUGCAAGUGCUAUUCUGCCCGAGCCCAGAGCACUUUGUUGCACCGGGUUCGCUCCGGUGUGAUGCAAGCGAUCGUGCUGCAGGACUUUGCAUAUUUCGACCAGAAUGCGUCCGGUGCACUGCAGGAGCGCCUGAACCGCGAUGCCGAGCAGCUGGGCUCCAACAUCAUUGAGGUGCCUGAGAAAGCCUUGAGCGCUGUGGUGGUCAUCAUCCUGACCCUUUUCGAGGUCUACCUGGUCUGUCCGCUGCCCCUCUUCGCCGCCGCCUGCGCGCCGAUUCCCGUCAUCGCCGCGCUGCGCUGGCACCUGGAGAAGCUCGUGGGGCGCCUGAACACGCGCGGGCGGAAGCUCACAGAGGAGGCAGCCGCGGGGACUGCGGAGAUUCUCAAGGAGAUCAAGACCGUGAGGCAAUUUGCCAACGAACGCCACGAAUCCCUGCGCUUCAGCCACGCCGAAGCGGCGCGCGGCCAGAUCCAGGAAGACUCCAAGGUCCUCGAAGCGCUGGCAGGCCUGCCCAUCACCAUGGUGAUUGUGACGGGGUUGUCUUACACUCAGUACAUUGGUGCGGGAUUGGUUGAGGAGGGAAUGAUGACUCCGGGACUGCUCUUUGACGUGAGCAUCAAGUUGAACUUCUGGGUCGUGGAUCGUAUCAAUCGCCUGACCAAUCUCCUGCCACAGUUGCGCCAGGCCUUCGAACCUUUGGCACGAAUCUGCGAUCUGCUGGAUUCGACGCCCAAGAUCGAAGCGGCCGGUCAGCGGCACUCGGUGCCCGUGGCCGACCGCGCCGCGCUGAUGGCGAUCCUGGAGAAGUGCAGCGCACGAGCGGAGAGAGACGCCGAGGCCUCUGAGGAGGAUUUACCGCGGCGGUCGCCGGGAUCCACCGUGCUGACGGAAGACUUGGACGUGCUGCACGACGGGCGUCCGAUUCCCAGGGGCUCUGCCUUGCUGUCCUUCGAGUGCGGAGCGUGGGAACACGCCAUCUCCAGCCCAGCGGCGCUUCAAGGACGUCUCUGCUUCUCAGCCACGGUCGUCCAUGCUACGGAAGGGCGCGCGCGUGGUCGACGAAGCGACCGUUCGAACGCCCAUCCGUUUCGCCCCGAACGCGGAGACGUCGCGCCACCGCGACACCUGCACCUGUUACUAGUAGCUUCUUGUUACUACUAG